AUGCUGAAGCAAUCAGAUCCUCAACAGAAUAAGGAGGCAUUGAAGAAGUCAGUGCAGGUGGAGUUUGAGACUCCAACAAAGACUAGUCAGCCAAUCAACCAUCCUGAAGAAGUCUCAGAGGAUAGCUCUGAAGAGAGUUCAGAUGAAAAUGAAGAUCCAGAGGCUCCGCAACAAUUAGAACCUAUUGCAAUCAGGAAAGGAAAAAGGGUUACUAAGAAACCCAGUUGGAUGACCGAUAUGGUAGCCUAUGCACUUCCAAUCAUUGAAGACAAUAUUCCUUGCACUUUCAAAGAAGCCGUGCAUAAUGUAGAAAGUGUCAAAUGGAAGGAGGCUAUGGAUGAAGAGAUCGGGUCACUUCACAAGAACCAGACUUGGAGUUGGUGCAACUUCCAAAAGGAAGGCAUUCCAGGCAGAGACAACAUCAGAUUCAAAGCUAGAUUGGUAGCUAAAGGCUAUGCUCAGAAGGAAGGAAUAGACUACAAUGAGGUAUUCUCACCUGUUGUGAAGCACACGUCUAUUCGCAUCUUGUUAGCUUUGGUUGCACAGUUUGAUCUCGAGCUCGCCCAACUCGACGUCAAAAUUGCCUUCUUACAUGGAGAUCUUGAAGAGGAGAUAUACAUGUCCCAGCCAGAUGGUUUCAAAAUUGCUGGAAAAGAGAAUUGGGCCUGUAAGCUGAACAAAUCGUUGUACGGAUUGAAGCAAUCCCCGAGACAGUGGUACAAGCGAUUUGAUCGGUUCAUGAUGGAGACAGAAUACACAAGAAGUCAAUUUGAUCAUUGUGUAUAUUUCCGUAAGCUUCCCGACGGUUCCUUCAUCUAUUUGCUCUUAUAUGUAGAUGAUAUGCUGAUUGCAUCUACGAGCAAGGUGGAGAUUGACAAACUCAAGGCACAGUUAGCAAGGGAGUUUGAAAUGAAGGAUUUGGGAGAAGCAAAGAAAGUUCUUGGCAUGGAGAUCAAGAGAGACAGGAAGAAGGGCACGGUUUGUCUGACACAAACCCAGUAUCUGAAAAAGGUGUUAGACAGAUUUGGCAUCAAUGGGAAAACCAAAGCUGUAAGUACACCAUUGGCCCCUCAUUUCAGGCUUAGUGCUUCGUUGUCUCCACGCACAGAAGAAGAACGGAAGCAUAUGGCACAGGUUCCAUAUGCAAAUGCAGUUGGUGCAUUAAUGUAUGCUAUGGUUUGUACACGGCCUGACAUCUCGCAUGCUGUGAGUAUGGUAAGCAGGUAUAUGCAUGAUCCAGGAAAAGAUCACUGGCAGGCAGUGAAAUGGAUCCUACGGUACAUACAUGGCAUGGUCAAUCUGGGAUUGAAGUUCGAGAGAGAUAACCGACUCGGGCAGAAUUUGGAAGGAUAUGUGGACUCAGAUUAUGCUGGUGACUUAGACAAACGCCGGUCAACAACAGGGUAUUUAUUUAUGCUUGCUAAAGGGCCGGUAAGUUGGAGGUCAACGCUUCAGUCAACGGUGGCUUUGUCUACUACAGAGGCAGAGUACAUGGCAGUGACGGAAGCCUUUAAGGAAGCUAUUUGGCUACAUGGGUUGAUUGAAGACUUGGGAAUUGUUCAGAAGCACGUUGAGGUGUUUUGUGACAAAACCAUUGUGAAGUCCCUGGCAAUCCCCUUUUUCUGGAUUCCCUAUAAAUGUUGGCGCCAAAAACGACUUAAGGAACCACAAAGAACUCACCAUUUAGUGACACCAAACAUGACUUUCAUUCCACUGCUCACUCUCACUUUCCUGAUAUGUUUCUCUUCUGAGCUUGCCAAGGGAAGUGAGCUUUCAUCCACAGAAGAAGUAACUCAGAAGAGUAAAUUACAAACUUAUAUUGUCCACGUCAAGAGACUCGAGGCAACAGUUUUGGCCCAAUCAGACAAUCUAGAGAGCUAUCAUCGGUCCUUUCUGCCUGCUAUAACUGUAGCAGCCUCAGACAAUGAGGAACGCUUGAUUUACUCAUACCAGCAUGUGAUCAGCGGUUUUGCAGCAAGACUGACCGAGGAGGAGGUUGAAGCUAUGAAAAUGAAAGAUGGGUUCAUGUUCGCACAUCCAGAAAGGAUGUUCCGACUACAGACAACUCACUCACCAAGCUUUUUGGGAUUGAACCCGGGACUCGGGUUCUGGGAAGAAUCAAAUUUUGGAAGGGGUGUAAUUGUUGGACUGCUCGAUACCGGCGUAUUGCCUGGCCACCCUUCAUUCAGUGGCAAAGGAAUGUCGCCACCUCCUGCUAAAUGGAAAGGGAAGUGUCAGUUCAAUGCAUCACUAUACAACAACAAACUCAUUGGCGCGAGGUCACUUAAUGUUGCGGCCAAGGGAUUGCCAACCGUGCUGCCACUCGAUGAUGAUGGCCACGGAAGCCAUACAGCGAGCACGGCUGCUGGGGCAUUCGUGAAGAACGCGGAUGCACUUGGAAAUGCCAAGGGCACAGCGGUUGGGAUUGCGCCUCAUGCUCACUUGGCAAUUUACAAAGUGUGCUUUGGACUGGAUUGUCCAGAUACUGAUAUCUUAGCUGGGCUUGAUGCAACUGUUGCUGAUGGCGUUGAUGUGAUCUCAAUCUCUCUGGGUUCUGAGCUAGCACCACCAUUCUUUCAAGACAACAUUGUAGUAGCCUCAUUUGCGGCAGUUCAACAAGGAAUAUUUGUAAGCUGUGCAGCAGCAAACUCUGGUCUUGCCUUAGGUACUCUAUCAAACGAGGCGCCAUGGAUUCUAACUGUUGGAGCAAGCACCAUCGACAGAACCAUCAGAGCCAAAGCAAAGCUGGGAAAUGGGGAGGAAUUUGACGGGGAAUCCUUGUUCCAGCCAAAUGACUUUGCGCCAAACUUAUUGCCUCUCAUUUAUGCUGGCUCUAACGGUAAACCAGGCUCCACUUUAUGUGGUCCAGGAGCAUUAAAUGGUAGCGAUGUCAAAGGAAAAGUAGUAUUGUGUGAGCGAGGAGGCGGGAUAGGCAGAAUCGAUAAAGGAACUGAAGUGAAAAAUGCUGGUGGUGCAGCGAUGAUUCUCAUGAACCAAGAAUCAGAUGCCUUCAGUACUGAGUCUGAUAAUCAUGUUCUUCCUGCAGCACAUGUCAGCAAUGCAGCUGGAGUGAAGAUCAAAGCCUACAUUAAUUCAACAAAAACACCUGUGGCAGCAAUCUUAUUCAAAGGAACUGUCAUUGGAGACCCAUCAGCCCCUGUUGUUGCUUCCUUCUCCUCUAGAGGACCCAGCAUGGCAAGCCCUGGGAUUCUAAAACCCGAUAUUAUUGGACCAGGAGUGAACAUUCUAGCUGCGUGGGCAUUCCCUCUCGAGAACAACACAGAUCCAAAUUUCAAUUUCAACGUAAUCAGUGGCACAUCAAUGUCUUGUCCUCAUCUAAGUGGCAUCGCAACUUUGCUUAAAAGCUCUCAUCCUUACUGGUCACCAGCUGCCAUUAAAUCUGCUAUGAUGACAACAGCUGAUCUAUUAAAUGUCCAAGGCAAGCCAAUCCUCGAUCAAACACUUCAUGCAGCAGGCAUAUUUGCAACUGGUGCAGGACAUAUAAACCCUUCAAAGGCAAAUGAUCCUGGGUUAGUUUAUGAUAUCCAACCCGAUGAUUAUAUUCCAUAUUUGUGUGGUCUGGGAUAUACAGAUAUGCAAGUUGGGAUUAUUGCACAUAGACCAAUCAAGUGCUCAAAAGUAUCAAGCAUAACUGAAGGAGAGCUGAAUUACCCUUCAUUUUCUGUUGCACUAGGACCAUCUCAAACAUUUACCAGGACAGUGACCAACGUUGGUGAGGCAUAUUCAUCUUAUUCUGUGAAGGUUGUAACACCACCAGGAGUUAAUAUGAUUGUCAAGCCUGAUAAGCUUUACUUCUCAAAGAUGAACGAGAAGGCAAAGUAUUCGGUGACAUUCCAUCGUAACGGUGAGAAAACCGGCAACUUUUCCCAAGGGUUUCUUGAAUGGGUAUCUGCUAAACACCAUGUUAGAAGUGUAAUCGCUGCUAUGUUCAAUUGAGGAAUGGAGGCAUGUGGCCUAAAAUGCAAACAUUAAAUCAGAUCUUAAUUAUCAAGAGAUCAUUGCAGCGUCU